GGGAACGAGAGCCUUCACAAAGUACCCGGAUGUGGAUUGACCUCUCAUCUCUGACCUCUGACAUCCACCUGUUUGCGCGCCAAACUUUGCCACAAAUGCAUCAAACCUUACGUACUACUAAAAUGAUAAUGAGAUCUAUGGGGAAUAUUAUCUACCGACUGAUCUAUAUUUCUUUGGCGUUGUUUUUGUGUUGCAGAGAGACUGGGCAACAAGAAAUCGAACUGGAAGAACACGAGAGAUAUCAGGACAUCUUCCCCCUGACUCAGUCCAACUUCACCACAGAAGUGCUGGGGAGUGAGGAGGCGUGGAUUGUCAUCUUCCAUACAGGCACCUUAACACUGGAAUGGAAGAAGAUGGCAGUAGCCCUGAGGGGCGUGGUCUGGGUGGGGAUGAUUGACAGGAGGGAGGAAAAAGACUUACUUCAGACCAUGGAAUAUGACAUGGUGAAGAUGCCUGCAGCCCGGGUGUACCAGUCUGGAGACACAGGCUCAGACAAACCGUGGACCGAGGUGGACAGCCCGCUGGACGCCAGGCUUCAGGCCUGUGGCAGCAUCCCCGACACCCUGGCAGGUGUGGAUGAUGCUGGCCUACAGGAUUUCAUCUACCAGUCAUACGCAUCGACUCCUACAAGGUUUCCAGCCGUCCUUAUCACAGAUGAGCAUCCGUCCUGCAUGUUCAAGGCCAUGGCAAAUCGCUACUACGCUUUCUUCAACUUCCGCACCAUGAUCAACCCAUCAGACAAGGACCUCGCCAUAUUUGGCCAACCACUCAAAGACUUCGAUCUCCCCACAAUUGCCGUGCUGGUUUCUAAGAAGAAGGAAAUGACAGAUUCAAUGACAUUUGAAGCGGUUCUUUACGAUGAAGAUCGAAUGGGUGAUGUUGACUACAUGAACGUGGUGAAGUUUCUGUUUGCGGUUAACAAGCAGUACCGCCACACACUGCCAGGAGAGAACAUGGCAGGGAAGCGAGGGAUCGUGGAGAUGAGAGAUCUGCUGGAAGUAGAGAAGAAAAGGUUCCAGGUCAAUUUUCUACCCCCAGUUCAGAAGGCCAAGAAAGAAGGUGGCCUGAAAUUCACAACAAAGGUUGUAAAAGAUGAAUUCUAGAGCAAAUGUUAACCAUGAAAACUGCAACAAUACCGUACUUUCAAGUUUUAUAAUUUCAUAAAUGGUAUAGUAUUAGAACUUACUGGUGUAAUGUUAUCUUUGAUUGUUUUGUCCAGGUCAAUUGUUACUCCUAACAAAAUGGAACUACCUACCUAAUAAUAUACUAAGUCUUGUACUAUCACAGUAUUGUUAUCUAUGAAACAAGAAAACGUUUUAAUGUUUAUGCUAGACAGAACCUUCAAUCCCACUGAUUUCUGGCAGGUGAGCCUGAAGGUAAAGAUUAAUAUUCUCCAGCACCAGGUGAUCAAUACAAGAAUCACAACACUCAGUCAGGGUACCACUGUGUGCCACUAGGGUCUAAAGACAUUGUACAAGGGGUGAUCAUUAAGUUCUGAGCAUCACCAAUUACAUGUACAGUGUAUCUAAUUAGGGAUGUAUAGUAGGGCUGGGUCCGGUACGAAACCGGUUUUUCUUAUUGGACCAGUCCAGAAAAAACGGACCUGAAAAAAAUAUUUUCAGACCGGAUAUUGGACCUAUCAGAAAAUUAACAGACUAUUUCAUCAGACAUUCACAUGUUUUUGCGCUUGCAGGUGGAAGGUAAUAACAAGGGCGAAGUAGAGUCAUUUCUACCUAGUUCUACCGUCAAUCGUACAGGUGCAGUUAGCAUUGUAAGAUUUUAAAACACCAGUGUGAGUCUAAUACAUGUACUCCACCAGACAGAUUUCUUUGUAGUGAAAUGGACCAUAGGUAUUAUACUGAAUCAGGUCCAGGUUCAGGUCCGGACCUGCACCUGAUCCACUGGACCUGAACCGGACCUGAAUUUUCUGUACCGGUACCCACCCCUAGUGUAUAUAUAUCAAUGAAUGAUGAUGAUAUAUCAAUAUCCAACCAAAGUUUCAAAUCACUGUCUGGUUAUUAUUUUCAUUGGACAUCCUUUUCAAAAUCAGUUGGCAAGUAAUGGGGAAAACAAGGGUGAGCUGCAUGUGAUAAGAGCUAUGUGGAUCAUGAAAUAAAUGUUUGAUCAGGAUUUCCUUUCUACAUUGCAUGUGAGAGAAAUGUGUAUUUGACUUUCAGCAGGGCAAGUUGACCUGCACACCUAAUGUUGCAGCUCAUUUUUUUUACUUCUCUCUCACCUGAUGUUGGUGUUGCCUGCAAAGAAAUUACCAAAAUUACUUGAAAUUUGGUAUAAUUUAGUAACUGUCAGACCGAAUACUUCAUACUGUAUAAUAAUGCACCAGAAUUUGAGUUGUACAUGGUUUAUUAGUGCUCUACCGUGUGAUAUAGAAGCUGUAGACUGGGAUUUUGUAUGAUAACUUGUCCUAUUGCAGGAGUGGCUCCUAUACUAGAAAAUAUUGUCAUCAGUUUUCUGCAUAUCGUGUUUCACUUGUAUAUUUAUUGUGUGAAGUAAAGACUCCUGUUGUAGUAUCAGCAACUGAUUUACUGAAUUUAAUGAAGUGUA